GAGGUAGUUACAUGCUAAUUUGUUAAUCUAACAAGCUGAAAAAGGAAACUCCCUUGGAAGAGAGAAAAAGAGAGCAUCUGAGAUCAAGUGGGAGGAUCUUUGACGCUCUCAUAGAUUGGCAGAUUACAAUGACAGGGUGUGAGGGUAAGAUUAUUAUUUGUAUUUUAUUUUUUUCAAAAAAUAAAAAAUAAAAAAGUCGAGAUCCAGAUCGAGAUUGAGAAAAUUAAAGAGAUAGAGAGAGGAAAGUUUGGAUAGAGACCAGACCCCCUUUGAUGCCUUCCAACAUUUAGAGAAAGAGAGAGAAAGAGAGAGAAGGCAACAAAGUAGAGGGGGUGGGUUUAAGUUUUAUAAUAAGGGGGAGGUUGUGUUAAUUUGGAUAGAAUAGUAAAUAAAUUUGAAAGCAAAGGAGGGGUCAACGAUCGAAUUGGUUGAAUGUGGAAUCAAAGGGGGAAUACUGGGAAUGGAAAUGCAAAUGGGAAUGAAGUUAUAGUGGCAAUAGACAAGGACAAAGGCAGCCAAUAUGCUCUGAAAUGGGCAAUUGAUCAUCUUCUCUCAAGAGGCCAAAAUGUGACUCUAAUCCAUGUCAAACAAAGACCCUCCUCCAUCCCCACUACAAUGGGGAUUCAGGUUUCUCUCUCUGAUGUACAUGAUGGAGUUGCAAAAGCCUUUAAAAACCAAGUUGAUAAUCAAGCCAAGGAGUUGUUCCUCCCUUUCCGUGCCUUCUGUACACGUAAGGAUAUAAAAUGUAAUGAAAUCAUCUUGGAAGACAUGGAUGUAGCCAAAGUCUUGUGUGAUUAUGUUAGGGUCAAUUUAAUUGAUACUCUAGUGGUUGGCGCCCCUUCAAAGAACAGCUUUGUUAGAAGAUUCAAGACCUCAGAUGUUCCAACCAAUGUUUCCAAAGGGGCACCAGAAUUUUGCAGUGUAUAUGUCAUUGCUAAAGGAAAAAUUUUAUCAGUACGGUCUGCUACUAUUCCAGUCCCAAACCCACCUCCCCGCCCACAACAGAACCAAAGCAAUCCAAUUCUCAAUCUAGGGGAUGCACGUUACAUGCAAAACAAUGGCAUAAGAGCAACUGACAGGACACCAUUUGUACCUCGCAACUUAAUAGAAGACGUAGAGAUCAGGUCACCAUUCGACAGAAGUAAAAAUUCAAACAAAUCAUAUGGGGAGCUCUCAAUGUUCGAUACCGACAUAUCGUUCGUGAGUUCUGAAAGACGAAGCACUGAUCGUGUGCUCGCCUCUCCCUUUGACACUCAAGAAUUGGGUGUGGGUGCAGCAGCCCCUCGACUUUCAUAUGGCUCAGAUACGGACAACAGAAACUUUGGGUCCCCAUUCUCAGCAUCCAAGUCAUUUGAUCCAGGUUUUAUGCAGGGCUACUCCUCCAGCUCAGAAAGUGCCAGUAUGUCAUGGUCAUCAUCACAAAACCUGGAUGAUGUAGAAGCUGAGAUGAGGAGGCUUAAGCAAGAACUCAAGCAAACGAUGGACAUGUACAGCUCAGCCUGUAAAGAAGCACUUACAGCAAAACAGAAGGCAAUGGAGCUUCAUCGUUGGAAAAUGGACGAACAACAAAGACUAGACGAGGCACGACUAGCUGGGGAAGCAGCAUUGGCAAUUGCAGAGAAAGAGAAAGCAAAGACUAAGGCCGCCAUUGAGGCAGCAGAAGCAGCUCAAAGGAUUGCUGAAUUGGAAGCACAUAAAAGAAUUAAUGCAGAAAUGAAAGCCCUCAAAGCAGCCGAUGAGAAGAAGAAGGUACUAGAUGUGCUGGCAAAAAGUGAUAUCAGGUACCGCAAAUAUGGUAUAGAGGAGAUUGAAGCAGCAACCGACAACUUCUCAGACUCGCGCAAAAUUGGGGAAGGAGGUUAUGGGCCAGUAUACAAGUGUUAUUUGGAUCAUACACCAGUUGCAAUAAAAGUUCUUCGUCCAGAUGCAGCUCAAGGAAGGUCACAGUUUCAACAAGAGGUAGAAGUCCUGAGUUGCAUACGCCACCCUAACAUGGUUCUUCUCCUUGGAGCUUGCCCAGAGUAUGGUUGCCUAGUCUAUGAGUACAUGGCUAAUGGGAGUUUAGAAGAUUGUCUCUUCACACGAGGGAACACACCAGUUCUUCCUUGGCAGCUAAGGUUUCGAAUUGCUGCAGAAAUUGGCACUGGCCUUCUUUUCCUCCAUCAGGCAAAGCCAGAACCAUUAGUGCACCGUGACCUAAAACCUGCAAAUAUUCUUCUCGAUCGUAACUAUGUUAGCAAGAUUAGUGACGUUGGCUUAGCCAGGCUAGUCCCUCCAUCCGUUGCAAACAAUGUAACUCAAUAUCUCAUGACCUCAACCGCUGGAACUUUCUGUUACAUAGACCCAGAGUACCAACAAACUGGCAUGCUUGGAAUAAAGUCUGAUAUCUACUCACUUGGUAUCAUGCUGCUCCAAUUAGUUACAGCCAAGCCCCCAAUGGGUUUGACUCAUCACGUUGAACGAGCAAUCGAGAGGGGUUGUUUUGGUGAAUAUCUUGAUCCUGCUAUCCCUGACUGGCCAGUGGAGGAGGCCUUGAGCUUUGCCAAGCUAGCUCUUAAAUGUGCAGAAAUGAGGCGGAAAGAUAGACCAGACCUUAAGACCGUUGUGUUACCUGAGCUUAAUAGGUUAAGGGUCCUUGCUGAAGAGAAUAUGCCCAAUAGUGUCAUGAUGUUGGGAAACAGAACGCCAGGAACCUCACCAAGUCAGAGUCAACUCUCCACAAUAUCUCAAUGAACCUCAAACAAUCUACGCAAACAGGGAAUGACUGGAUAUCUUUUUGAAGCAGGCUGAAGUUUGAAGAUAUCUCCAUGCACAAUUGUUCAAGGAACAUAAAGCACAUUAACAAUUUGAAGGAAAUUCUUCAGAGAGAGUUUAAAAGAAAAAGGAAAAAAAAAAAAAGAAAAAAAAGAAAGGAUUUCAGUGAAGUUCUUAAGCAUAAAAGUGGAGUUGUAAGUUGGUCUUGUCAAAAGCUCACAAUUGCUAUAUUUGUGGAUGAAAAUAAGUUGCCUAUAAUUACAACAAUGCUUAUGUGACUUGUAUUUGAAUAUUUUGACAACACGAACUCCUCUCAAGUUGUUUGCUAAGUUCAUGUUGACAAAGUAAAUAAUAAAGAACCCGUAUAG